AAGGGCCAAGAAGAUGAAGGUGAUGUUACUGUUGUCCCUGUUUCUUUAUGCUAGCAGUACAACCAGUGGAUCUUACUGUAUGUCUACUGACUGUACUAAUCAAGGUACCUCUGGGUCCUUCUCAUUAUAUCUAAGAGUCUGUUGUGUUAUUGAUAACUUGGGAAGGAGUGUUACUAUCAAAGGGAAUGGCAUCAAUAGAUACAUUCUCUGUCCAAGAGUACUACCAAAGUCUUGUCCAGUCCCUGAAGAAAAUAGCACUAUUAAUGGAAACAGCACUAUUGAUGGAAACAGCACUAUUGAUGGUAACAGCACUAUGUCCCCAGUGGAGGCCAAUUGUGAUGGAGAAGGUGGUUGGACUAGAGUAGGAUAUCUUAACAUGACCCAGUCUGGUGCUACCUGUCCUACUGGACUAACAUAUAGUAGCUACGCCAACAUCAGUCACCCACUGUGUGGUACAGGUGGCUCUAUUUGUACUUCAACUACUUUCUCAUCUCAUGGACAAGCAUACAAUAAAGUUUGUGGACAAGUUAGAGGAUAUCAAGUAGGUAGGUCUAUGUCCAAUGCAGUAACUUUCUUGAGCGGUGUAGCCAUUUUUUAUGGAGGCACUAUUACAAAUCAUAUCUGGUCAUAUCUAGGAGGGCAAGAAGAGGAUAGCAUUGAUAGAAAUGCCUGUCCCUGUAACACUGGGUACAGUGGCGGUACAGAUUUUAAUACCACAUACAUGUACAUUAAAUCUCAUUAUUAUUGUGAGUCUGGAGCAGAUCCUGGUCAGUCAGUCUCUGGUGUUCUCUAUGCUGCUGAUCCAUUAUGGGAUGGACAGCAAUGUGAUGGCCCAGAGUCUACCUGCUGUCCAGCUAACUCUAAGAUGCCUUGGUUCUAUCGUUCACUGGAUACACAAAUCACUGAUGAUAUUGGACUGAGAGUGUGUAGAAACGGACCACAAAGUUCAGGCAAUGACAUAUUAUUAGAUAUCAUUGAACUAUACAUCAAAUGACUACUAUUACAGUGUAUAUGCAUUAUAUAUUGCAGUUAUGUUUGUG